GAAGGUUGAAAGCCAUCGAACAAAUGCCGCAUCAGAACUACCUCUAUCAGAACUUGUUCGUAUAGUUAGCAGAGUGUCUACAGUACCAAUUGUGGUGUUUAGUGAUUAUCGAAAAAGGAUAAUUGUGUAGACUGCUGCGGUGUGUUGCUUUUGAACAUCGCAGUCGCGAUGUCGCAGUGGAGAAUAGUGCGAUUCACAAAAUGGGUUCCCAGACACCCGAAGAAAAGCAUUGUCUUUGGAGGCCUUGCCCUAUACGGCGUCAACUAUGGCAUCGAGAAUCGAAGGGUGCGGCUGAUGAUGCGAGCCUAUUGCCGGGAAGCACAAGACUUCGGUGAACAAAUCUGUCCCCAAGGAGAUACACCUCGUCACGUGACGGUCAUUUUAAAUCCGAAAACGAAGGGCAGUAAAAACCUGUACGAGAAUUAUGCGGCCCCACUUCUGUAUCUAUCUGGCAUGAAAGUGUCUGUUUUUCGUACUGAACAUGCAGGGCAGGCAAAGGAUCUAAUGAAGAUCAUGGAUAACACCGACGCCGUCGUUGUAGCUGGGGGCGACGGAACACUUUCGGAGGCCGUCACUGGACUCUUGUCUAGGGAAGAUCGGCUGGAGGCAUCGGAGCGAUUCCCAAUGGGUUUUGUACCUACGGGAAAAACCAAUACGCUGGUGCGAAGGCUAUUCUACCGAGACGGUAUGAGAGAGCAGCAGCUAGCCGCUGAAGCGGCCAUGGCCGUUAUUCGUGGUGUAAAAGCCAGAAUUUCUGCGUACAAGGUUGAAUUCCACAACCAAAAACUAUGGGCUAGUAAAGACGAUCUGUAUGAAAAGAAACUGAUGCAACUAAGCCAAAAGGAUUAUGAAGACGAUGGGAUCGUUAGUAAAGUAGAUUCUAAAUCCAAUAACUUUCCUGACCAGUCAAUGAAGGAAAUCAGUAACAUUACACAGGCGCCAUCUGAGAUUAACCAAAAAAUUAUUGAGGUCAAACAGGAAGCAGCUGAGAAGCAGCCAAACUUUAAACAAGUUGAUCCCGUUUACGGGGUAGGAAAGAUUGAAUACGGUUUAUUCCGCGAUAUAGACGCAAAUAUUGAACGAUACUGGUAUUUCGGGCCGCUUCGCACCCGUGCAGCUUACUUCUUUCAGAGCCUGAGACGAAAAAUAGCUUCCGAAGAAACCGAGAUUCAGUUUAGUAAUGCGUGUUCGGGCUGCAAACGCUGUGUGAUGCGUGAGUUAAAAAAAGGCGAGAUUAAAGCGGAAGAAGAGAAAGAAGAGGAAACCUUUUCUGGCGGAAGUAGAUGGUGGAGUAGUUAUGUCAAAAAGAACUUAAAGCCGAAAAAAGCUCCGGUAAACCCGCUUGAAAGAUACAACUCAGUGGAAAACGAAAAAUGCGGACAGAUGUACGACACGUACAUCUGCUAUUCCAACCUCGAAAUCGAACCUGUUAAUGGUGCCCUUGUCGUACGAGCGUCACCAGCGAAUCUGAGCACCUGCGCCGUAAUGUUUGAUGGUUUCAAGCGCCACAGUUCGUACGUAACGCCGUGCGUUACCGACCAGCUUCAUGUUGGUGAAGUGCACUUCAACUUCCCACAAGAGGAGUUGAGCGGUUCUUCAUACAUUCCAACGCCAAAAGAAGACCGCAGUCCUGAGCUUCGACUAAAAGGCGCGAAAAUCAACAUCGAUUCGAAUGUAUUCGCUCGACAACCCCUUAGCGUUACACUUUACCCACAGGCAAUCAACGUAUUUGUGGCAGCUAGAUAAUUUUAAUAAAAUUAUAGAAUUUUAUAAAUAUAGACACACACACACAUUUGGUUAAAAAAAAAAUAUUACAAAAGUUUUAUAUGGAGUUUCCAGUAGGAUUUUCUUUAAAAAAACUAAGAAAUUUUUUUUAAAAACAAAGAAAUAAGAUAUGUUUAGUAGCACUUUACAUCUGAUGUUGUUGUAUUUUUCUUAAUUUCUGUAUUUAUUCUUCUUACCCCUUCUUGUAGAUGAUUUCAACGAUGGGCAAUAAUGCAAUACAGUCUCAACGAAAAUAUUUUCUGUUUUGAAUUGACUGUAAUAUUCAAUUUGAGGUUCUUUCAUGUAGCGUCUUUCUGCCGAUGUACAACAGGUCAUCAAUUUUUGGCAUUAAUGGAAACAAUGGCGAAAUGGAGUAGAUCGUGUGUCCUGGCUUUAAACGUGAGUGGAGCAAAGAUGUCGAGGGUAUUUGAUUUAGGUGUAUGAAGAAGCUCGUUACUCAAUAAAAAAUACUAUAUAUAUAUAUAUAUAUAUAUAUACAUAUGUAUAUGUAUAUAUAUUAAUAAUAAGCAGAUAUAUAAAUGUAAAAGGCCACUUUUCAAAAGCUAUUUAUGGUUUAUUGCGCUCAUGCGCGUCCUUUAAACCGUAUCGCUGCUAAUGAAGUGUGGGCCAGGAAUAAUGUAGAUUUAUAAAGAACGGUGCCUAGGUUUUGGGAUGAUGUCAUAGUGAAGCGUUGUUUGACAACAACAUUGAAAACAACUGUUCAGUGUUAACAUCAAAUCAUGUCGACUGCAUCGACUGCAGUCGCCACGAGAUGAACAUGGAGAACGGUGCGCUCUCUGAGGAAUUUUCUCGCUGGCUACGACUUUUCAUUUUUGAAAAAAUAUGAAAAUCACAUGCAUGUUCUUGACCUAUAUCGCCCUGCCACCCUUGCACCUCAAGGAUCGGAUCAUAUGUUGCGACCUUAAAUAAAAAUACCUAAAAGAAUAUACUAUUUUAUCUAUGUAGAUUCCUAAGUUAUUAAUAAUAAGUUUCUAAGAUCCUAUGUAAAACCCUAGGCUAUUUUUAGAAUUAAUGAAGAGCAGUGAAGAGCUAUAUACUGACGGCAUUUAUUCGUUCAUUUACACAAGUAGAAUAACAUCAGCAAUAUAACUUAUAGUAAUUAUUAUAUACAGGUCUAAACCAACACAUGACAAGUGCAAAGUUUUGUUUCUGAACGGGUUAAAUUCCUUAGUUUGCCUAUUACGAAUUUUUUGGCAAAAUUAAA